AUGGGCAAGUCUACCAAGGACUCCAAGAAGCGCUCGCGCACCGCCGAGGAGGAUGUCAACUCCAUCGCUGUUGUUAAGAAGAGCAAGCUCGACGAGUCUGGCAACGCCGAGGUCACCAAGGUCGAGACUGAGGCCCCCAAAGUGAAGAAGGACAAGAAGGAAAAGAAGGAGAAGAAGUCCAAGACCGAGACCACAGAGGAGCCCAAGGAGGAGAAGAAGGAAAAGAAGGACAAGAAGAAGGACAAGAAGGAGAAGAAGGACAAGGCCGCUGCCACCGAGGAAUCCAAGACCGAGGAGAAGACCGAGGAGUCCACCGACAAGAAGAGCAAGAAGAAGGACAAGAAGAAGAACAAGGACAAGACCGAGGAGAAGAAGACUGAGGAUGGUGGAGAGGAGGCCACCAACGAGGAGGAACAGUCGCAAGCCAACGGCGCCAAGGGAGCCCGCUUCAUCAUCUUCGUCGGCAACAUGCCCUACUCGGUCACCGCCGACAACAUCAAGGAGCACUUCGCGUCGGUGCACCCCAUCUCUGUCCGCCUGCUCACCCACCGCGACAACCCGACCAAGUCCAAGGGGACCGCCUUUGUCGAGUUCGGCCGCUUCGACCACAUGAAGACGGCGCUCGAGAAGUUCCACCACAGCGAAAUGUUGGAUGACAAGGGCGUGCCGAGGAAGAUUAACGUUGAGCUGAGCGCCGGCGGAGGAGGCAAGACCGCCCACCGCCAAGACAAGAUCAAGGAGAAGAACCGCAAGCUCAACGAGGAGCGUCUGAACCGCCAGCAGAAUCAGGAGAAGGCUAAGCAGGAGAAGGCCGCUGCCAAGGCCAAUGGUGACGGUGACGCUGCUGCUGCUGAUGGUGCUGCUGCUCCUGCGCCGGAGAGAAACGACGAGGAUGCUAUCCACCCUUCGAGGAGAGCGCGUGUCGCAUACGACGGUAACCCUGGCGGUGGUGAUUUUGAUGAGGAGGAUUCGUACGGUGGUGGCGGUGGUGGUGGUGGUUUUGGUGGUCGCGGUCGUGGACGUGGUGGUGGACGUGGCCGUGGCGGUGGCCGUGGUGGUGGUGGACGUGGUCGCGGUGGUGGUCGUGGUGGUGGUCGUGGUGGCUACAAGAAGUGGUAG